UGUGAGGGGUGUUUCCAGCUGAUCAACAGAACAAGGACCAGAAGAGUCGCCUCCCCCCCAGCCCUCCCCAACCAGCAGUCCGACCAGUCCGCUCCGUCCUCCGGCACCACAGCGGAGCUCCACCGGUACCGACCCCCCGGCGGCUCCGCUCCGCCGCACUAAGGCUCUAACCCGGGGAUUAAUCAGUGGAAGAGGCAGGGGGGGAACCUCGGCCCUCCCCGCUCUCUCCUCCCAGCUCCUCCUCAGUUGUCGCUGCCGUGAACCGGUGCCGUCGGUAGCUGUUAGCCCGGACUGUCAUGAUCCCAGCGGCGCGGAGAUGGCGUCCUUCCCCGGUUUGUGUAAGGCUGUCGGGCCCGCGGAGGAGGAGAACGGAGAGCGGGACGAUUCUCUGCAGCAGAUGCUGAAGGCCAUCGCCGAUGAGAGGAACCGUCUCAACGUCCGACAGGAGAUCAGCGGGCUGGGUUGUUUUAAGGAUGACCGCAUCGUGUUCUGGACCUGGAUGUUCUCCACAUACUUCAUGGAGAAGUGGGCUCCUCGACAGGACGACAUGUUGUUCUACGUCCGCAGGAAGCUCUCCUACGUCAGCGCAGACAACACCGAGGGCAAGAAGGUGGAGGUGGAGGUCUACAGGAGGGACUCGAAGAAGCUGCCCGGCCUCGGUGACCCUGACAUCGACUGGGAGGAGAGCGUCUACCUGAACCUCAUCCUGCAGAAGCUGGACUACGUGGUGACAUGCGCCGUCUGCACACGCUCAGACGCAGGAGACAUCCACAUCCACAAGAAGAAGUGUCAGGAAGUGUUCGCGUCGCCCAGUAAACACGCCAUGGACAGCAAAGGAGAGGAGUCCAAGAUGAGCUACCCCAACAUCUUCUUCAUGAUCGACAACUUUGAGGAGGUGUUCAGCGACAUGACAGUGGGUGAGGGGGAGAUGGUUUGUGUGGAGCUGGUGGCGAGCGACAAGAGCAACACCUUCCAGGGCGUCAUCUUCCAGGGCUCGAUCCGCUACGAGGCUCUCAAGAAAGUCUACGACAACCGGGUGAGUGUAGCGGCUAAGAUGGCCCAGCGGAUGUCUUUUGGCUUCUACAAGUACAACAACAUGGAGUUUGUGAGGAUGAAGGGUCCACAGGGCAAAGGUCAUGCAGAGAUGGCCGUCAGCCGGGUCCCCACGGGUGACACCUCCCCCUGUGGCACCGAGGAGGACCAGGUGUCACCCAUGCACGAGAGGGUGACGUCCUUCAGCACUCCCCCGACCCCGGAGAGGAACCGUCCCUCCUUCUUCUCUCCAUCUCUGAGGCGUAAGAUGCCCCGAAACCGAAUCGCAGAGAUGAAGAAAUCUCACUCCGCCAAUGACAGCGAGGAGUUCUUCAGGGAGGAAGAGGACGAAGAUCUCCACACAGCCACCAACCUUCGGUCCCGCUCUCUGUCGGGCACCGGUCGCUCUCUGGUCGGAUCCUGGCUCAAACUGAACCGGACUGAGGAUUACUUCCUGCUGUACUCACACCUGACCUACGUCACCCUGCCACUGCACCGCAUCACCACAGACAUCCUGGAGGUGCGGCAGAAGCCCAUCCUGAUGACAUAGCAGGGCUGGACUCCCCCUCAGAGCAUCACUACCAAGUGCCUCCAGCAUCAGGCCACUGAGACCAACAGCAGCGCCCCCCGGUGUCCGGACCCCAGACCGACAACCAAACACCUGCUUCAGCCGGAGGCGGUCGGAGGAGACGACCGACACACAGACGCUGUCGGAGGGACGACGACAAACAAACAAACAAACAAACAAACAAACCAGCCAUUCAAGAAGUGCCUCCUCCUCCUCUUCUUCUUCUUUUCAGUUCCUGCUGUGUCAAAAGGUCGUCUCCAUGGAAACGGGCCCGGCGUCAGGGUCACAUGACCUCAGUGCGAACAGGCAUUGGCUGAACUCUGACCAGGAAGGAAGAAUGUGUGUUUGUCUCUCUGUAAAUAUCCUGCUGCUUUACUCACUGAGACGCCUUGAACAAAGGUUCUGCUUUUAACGACACGUCCCGUACCCGUUCGACUCGUCGUGACCUCGUGGAGUCUGUUCCUUCUUUUUCUUCUUUUUAAAUAUCGCCAGCGACGUGACGGGAACGAGACUCUGCGUCUGACUCGUGUUUUUGUGCGACGGGAAACAGGUCAAAUCCAUCUGUUCAUACACAUUUAUACAGGGAAACCAACUGUUACUCAGUUACAAGUUACUUUACACAUACUAUACUUAGUUACUUAGUUAUUAGCAAAUGUUCAGCACAACUUGAAUUUCUGUUACUACAGUUUUUCUGGGACAAAGAUAAACACAUUUACCAACAUGUAACCAGCAAAUAUUCAGUGUUUUUACUUAAUUAAACAACAAAAAACAUGAAUUUAUUAUUGAAAUAAUUAUUUUCCUUUCUGAUAAAAUUGUAAAAUUAUGAUUUAAAUGUUUGACUUACUUAUUUUCUUGUGUUUUUUAGUCACAUCUAAGGAGUUUUAGGACCAUAAACUGGAUCUGGAUCUUUAAAAUCCAACAACAAUAAACACACACACAGGGUCAGGGGUUAAGGGAUUUGAAUUAGUUGUAACAAUCAACUAUUUGGUGUUUUUACUUGAAAAAUGACUUAAAUAAUGAAUUAAAUAAUCAAUUAAUUAUCAGAAAUCUGUUUCAGUGUUAAGUUAAAUGACUAAUUAACAAUAAAGAUAAUUUACUGUCUGUUAAACUGAGAUGUUUUGGGCCAUAAACUGGAUCUGAAAUGUGCACAACAACAAUUAUAAAUUUUAAAACUCUGUAAAAUCUGAGAUUUUUUUUUAGUUAAAAACUUGGCAAAUGAGUUGAAAUGAUAACAAAGCAACAGUUUUGUUAUUUUUUACUAAAUUAAGCAACAAAAAGUUAUUUCUGUUUUAUCCAGUGAAAUCAGAUCAAACACAAACUCCAGAUGGAUCUGACCACGACACAUCUGUAUUUUAACGAGUCCAGCUGUGUGAUGAUUCGUAGUCGACUUCCCUCCUGUGGCUUUUUUUCACCAAAAAGUUAAAAAUAAAAAAAGACGAAAAACAAACAAACAAAAAACCAUGUCACAGAAACCCAGCUCAGACUUUUUACUGCUGCGGCUUUACUUUAAAAACUGCGACUCACAAACUGGAAGUGACUUGAAAAACUGCAACGACAGUGAAGAUUAUGUUAAAGGGAAACUGGGACACAGUGAAAACCUGUGGGACGUUAACGGGACGAGCUGAUGUUGUGGAUCCAGAUGUGGACAGAUGUUUUUCAGUUGGUUGGUGUGUAGAGUUUUUCUCCCUCUGUGCUCCUGAAGCCUUAAACUCUGACGUCUCUUCUUUCCCCUCGCUUCAUUUUCAUUUCUCCUCUCAGAACCAGGAUCUUUAAACCUGAUCAGCUCCUCAGCUGCACACUGAUACUGAACUGAUCAUCGAUCAAUCAGUCAAGUUCCCAGGAUAUUGAUUAAUCCAAAUUACUUCAGUUACCUGGAGUUUUAUUAAUUUAGUGCAGAAAAAGCAGAUUAACAGAAAACUGAUACUGAUGAUACUGAUCAUUUUAAAUCCUCCAGUGUUUAAAUCCACACACACAACUGACAGAUAUUGAUUAUUGGAUCAAUCAACUGAAAGUUAGAAUUAAUUGUAAAAUGGAUUUUAAAGAGUCUGUGAUCUGCUGUGAAGAUUUUGGAAUUUGACGAGAAUCAUUGAUCUGAUUGGAAACAGUUCAGUCUGUCGGCUGCUGUUGUUAUUGAUCAGAUAUUAUCAGUGAUUGAUUUGCACUCAGAGACAAAGCCAUCCAUGAUCAGUCGGUCCACAGUGUUUUUCUCCGUGUCGUAUUUAAAGAGUGAAACUUUGUUUCUUUGAGUUCAGACGAGUUGAUCGCUCGUCUCUUCAGUGUUAUUGAUAACGAUGAUAAUGAUGAUGAUGUAGUUUAUAGUUUCUCCAGCUGAAUGUAUCCACGCUGAUCAAUAGCAGAGACUGCUUUACCUGACAAACAUUUGAAAUGAAGAGCAGGAUGACAGUUUGCACUGUAAAACGCUUUUAGAACCUUUUUGAAACCUGUUUGUUAAAAACCUUUUUGUCGUCGCGUCACGUUGAAACGCUUUCAUCACGGCUUUUGUACACACACACACAGUUACUGUGCAUGUUUCAGUCCGUUCUUCUGUUGCUCAGUUUCCAAAUUCUAUGUAACAUUUUCCUCUAUUUAUUUAUUGAAAUACACAUUAUCAGAAAAACUGA